AUGCUAAAUGGAUUGGGUAUGCUUAUGAAAGUUAUAUAUCUGUAUUGCUAUAUGGAUGAUUUCAUCUUACCAUCAAAAAUCUUUGCCUUCCUUGAGUGAGCUGCCGUGCUUCAUUUUGUAUGGAAGAGUCGAGUUUAUAACUGGAUAAAUAAUAAUAUUGCUACUUUUUUUGGAAAAAAAAUUCUCCUUCUUCCCUCUCUCUCUCUCUGUGCAGGUCUCGAUGAAAUCCAGUGUACUGUCCCUGUGGAAGACAUCACCGUCUUUCUCAGUGAAUUAUCAGAGGCCAGUUUCAGGGACUGCAAAUUUAGUUUGUCACUCACAGACCUUAUAAUCAUAAUCUUCUCUGGCGUCGCCGUCUCCAUCGCUGCUAUCGUGUCAAGCUUCGUUUUGGCGCUGAUUGUGAACUGCUUCCAAAGAUGUGCACCCAGUAAGGAUGAUGAUGAAGAUGAAGAUGAUGAUGACUGA